GCUUGAACUUCCAAAACCCUAAUUCUCGAUUGCGAGGCUUCAGAAUCUCAAGUCUCCUGAAGCGCUAAUCUUCGAUCGUGAAACUGUGGGGCUUGAAUCUUCUGCAACCCAUGAUCCUCAACUCGGAACGUGAAGGAUGUUGAUCAACGAAACGAAGCCGAGAGCCUCGACUCGGUAAUAGAUUUUGGGUUUUCGGUGUCGUUGGAGGAACCAGGAGCUCAGUUUUUGGUUACUGGGCGUUUUCUGAUGCGCAACAAGUCACGUGAAUUCCAAGCUUCGGAUCCGUCUGCUACCAUGGCGUUGAGGAGAAGAUUUUGGUGUGCGUGGACAGCGGCAGAGGCAACUUUGUACGGACUGCCGGGGUCUUCUGGUUGUCGAUCAUGGGCUAGCUCUCUGUCGUUGUUUUCGCAGGAAUCUGUGUUGUCUGCAAGACAGACCUCGCUUGAGAAUCCGCACUUGGGUGUUGGCAUUGCUAGCACUGCCAGCUCUCGCAGCCAUGAGACCCUACGAGCUUGUCAGAAGAACUUAAGGCAAAAUGUUAAUUCAGCGGUUUUUGGGUUGUCCGUUUUGCAUUUUUUCAAUCGGGGAAUCGGUUACAAAGACGAUCGCAAAUGCUGGGUGUCAGUCGUUAGGGCUGAAUGCGAGAGGGUCUACCCGAAUAUGGAGGGUUUUGCUAGGAGCUACUCACGGCGUGCUACAAUAAAUUGGGAGGAGAAUUCUGCGGAAGAAGGAUCCAGUGACGAUGGACAAACGAGUGGAAACGACACGUCUCAAGCACAUGAUGAUAGAUCUGUGAAGUGGCAUGUGGAUAAGCUUUGUCCCACAAGUUUGCGGGUUCGGCAGCUUAAGGAAGUAGAUUUUGACGAUAUUAUCGAGAGAGAGAAGAAGCUGAAAAUUGUUCUCAAGGUGAAGGACCUACUUCUUGCUGACCCAGAGGAUUCCAUGACUCUGCAGGAUCUGGGCAAGUGCAGAGACUACAUAGGGCUGACAGGUAAUAAACGAAUCAUUGCAUUCUUGAAGAGGUACCCAGGUGUGUUCACCGUCCACGAGAAUGUAGAGCCGGGGAAACUCCCUUGGUUUGAGUUUACGGCUGAGGCAGACGCAAUCUGCGACGAAGAGUUAGAAAUUCGCAAGAAUAUGAAGGUGGAAGUCGUCACCAAAUUGAGGAAACUUCUUAUGAUGUCCAACGACAAACGUCUUCUGCUAGGAAAAGUUGCACACAUAGCACGUGAUCUGGGUCUUCCCGAAGACUUUAGGCAACGGUUGGUGCAUAAAUAUCCUAGGUAUUUCCGUGUAAUUGAAGGUGAAGAUGCAACCAACGAGGACGGUCGUAUCCUGGAGCUUGUUAAAUGGAGUGACCGUUUGGCCGUAACCGAAGAGGAACAGAGAGUUCGAGCCGUAAUGGAAGAAAAUAGUCUUGACAGUCCUCCGAGGCUGGAAAUUCAACUGCCUAAACGGUAUCGGCUCUCGAACAAAGACAAGUACGUGCUGUACAAAUUCCACGAGCUAGAGUGUCCUUCACCGUAUGAGGCCUCGAACUACCUUCAUCCAGCGUCGCCGGAAGCUGAAAAACGCGCCGUUCUUGUGAUCAAAGAGCUUUUAGCUCUGACCUUAGAGAAGCGGUUGUAUGUGGACCACCUCACUCACUUCCGCAAGGAGUUCAAGUUCUCAAAUCAGGUGCGAGGUCUUCUUGUCCGCCAUCCAGAGCACUUCUACGUCUCCAGGAAAGGUGCUCGUGACACGGUGUUUCUGCGGGAUGCUUACGAGGGGAUCCAUGAACCUGGCCAACGGCAACGAUACAUUUUGAAAGUCACGCACCCUUUGGUCACUAUCAAGGAGAAGUUUCUCUCUCUCAUGGAAGUCAAGCGGGUGCCAGCGACGCAGCAGUCUGUGACCCGUUCCGACGUUCUUCAGGAUUCCCUCACCUCUGAAACAGAUGUUGAGCUUUUGCCACAGGAGAGUACAGCAUUGGUGUCUAUAUGAGCCGAAAUGCAUCAACUGGGAGUUUGUUUCAACCAUACCUUAACGUGGAGAAUCACAUCAGCAAAAUUAAUUGCUGUGGUUGGUUCUAUAGCUGUUUUUUCAGCUCUUUAAAGUAUUCUCUUAGCAAGCCAAGGGACUUUUCAUUCUAAUUUGCCCCAUCUCCGCUGUCGACGUGGCAAAGCCGCAGGGUUUCUUUCGGAGUGGUAGGGAGCACUUACGAAUAGGUCGCUUUAUUACAACCAUUGCUGUCUACAGCUUUCGUCAACUUGGUACUCGCUACUAGAAACACCUUGAAAUUGUUACUCCUGUUCCGGUACAACUAGCUGGACUGAGGAGGAUCCAUUACACGGAGAUAUAUAGUAGAACGGAUUUAAUUUUUUGAAAGAGAAUGGGGAGAGAACUCAACAACUAAACCCUGAAGAACAAGGGAGGUAAUCAUCUCAACUUUGGGUUCAAAGCAGACAUGACACUAUUUCAGGUCGUUUUCAAGGAUAAGCUUUCAUCCUGCAAUCGAUAUUAUCAGUCAAUAUAAUUUUGGUGCUGGGCUGUCAAAAUAGAAUGAAAACCAUGGGUUGUGAUUUAAAUUUUCACUGUGCAUGACCUGCAGUACGUCAAAUGAUGAGUACUGGGUGCUUCUAGUAGUCCAUUCUUGUUACACAAACUACAAAUUUAAUCAAAGAUUACUUCUUGAGUGGUCACCUAAGCCCUGUCUACGGAUUAUUUUUAUCGUGAAUGGUAGCAGGCAAUUUUAUUA